AUGGAAUCAGAAGACAUUGAAGUUGAUUUAGGUGAUGAUACACUUACUGUCAACCCUACUCCUAGAUCUGGUGGGUCUAGUAGCACUGAAAAUACACCAGAUCAACCUGUUGACACUGUUUCUCCUGCUGUUGAAAUUGGAGAUAUUAUAGAUUCUGUUAGGCAGAGCAUAAAAUAUAUAGUGGCUUCUGAGGGUAGGUUGAAUGUGUUUAGUGAGAUAGCAAAGAGAUUACAUUUACCUUGCAAGAAGCUGAUUUUAGAUGUCCCCACAUGUUGGACCAACACCUAUAUGAUGUUGGAGACUGCAAUUAGGUUCAAAGAAGUGUUUCCUAGGUACCAUAGAGUUGAUCAAACUUUUCAGUGGGUUGUAAGUCUAAAACAGUGGGAUAUGGUAGAUAAUAUCAACCAGGUUUUGUUAGGUUUCAAUGAUGUAACCAACGUUGUAUCUGGGAGUGAUUACCCUACAACAAAUCUGUUUUUACCUGAGAUUCGAAGGAUGAAAGAAGUUUUGAUGAUUAAGUGUGAGGAUAUGAAUGAUUAUAUAAGGUUAAUGACAACUAAGAUGGCUGCUAAAUUUGAUAAGUAUUGGGGUGAUAGCAAUUUGUUGAUGUCCCUAGCUGCUAUCUUUGAUCCAAGAUACAAUAUAAAGUUGAUCAAUUUAUUUUUUCCUAUCAUUUAUCCUGGGGCUGAAGCUAGUACUCACAUUCACAAUGUGCUAACAAUUCCACAAGAGUUAUUUGAGUUAUAUGUUUAUACUCAUAAUGCUUUUAUCUUGCAAGAAACUACUCAAGUAAAUGCUUCUUCUUCCUCAAGUGCAAUUGUUAGAGAUGUAGUUCCCAAAGUUUCCCUUGGUCGAUCAAGGUAUUUUGAACAUAUUAGAAGCAGUGACACCAUCCGGCCCAUUAAAACAUAUUUGCAUGUUUAUCUUGAAGAGGAUGUCUACAUUUCUGAUAAGAAUGAGAAUAGAGAUGAUAUGGAAAUAGAUUUUGAGGUUUUGGCAUGCUGGAAUUACAAUGCCUUGAAAUACCGUAUCUUGUCUAAGAUGGCAAGGGAUAUUUUAGCUGUUCCCAUAAGUACAGUUGCUUCAGAAUCCUCCUUCAGUGCUGGUGGUAGAGUUAUUGAACCCCAUAGAGCAUCAUUAUCCAUUGAAACUGUUCUAAUGCUCUUAUGUGAUUCAGAUUGGAUGAGAACACUUUAUGGCAUCAAGAGAAAAUCUGCUGGUGAAAAAUAUAUUGAAGUGGAGUUGCCUACAACUACAACUACUUGA